AUGACUGAAACAUCGGAGGGGAGCGAAAAGAGUGAACUGGAGGAAAAGGUUUCUGAAGAAACCUCGAAGAGUGAAAUGCCCCCACCAUCGACAUGUAAAGUACUGAAAAGCACAAAGUCGAGACUUGUGCCAAAAUAUCCUUGUACCGGAUGCGGGAAGCCAUUCAACCGUCUAAUGAAAUUAAAGUAUCACAUUCGUUCAGCCCACUUUAACCUUAAAUCGGUCGUACCAACAUUAGAAACCAAACACGUCAACGACAUUUGGUACGAAAGUGUGAUAAACACAAAUGAUGUUGUCGAGAUGAGGAAAGAGUCAGAUACCAAGAUAAUAAUAAAGAAAUGCAUCACAAAUGAACCGAUUUCAACUAUUUUAACACAAUAUGUUGUUUCAUUCGCAACAGAGAAUUACGAUGUCGAUGUAUUUAUUGAACGAAUGUUGGCUUCCAAGAAGUUUUCUGAACUCGCUGAUAUUAUUGCUGAAAAAACCAUUCUCAAAUUACGCGAUGUGAAGAACGAUACCCUUCCAAAUCCCACCUUGACCAAUAGCAAUGGAGAAGCAGAAAGAAAAUUGCGUCGGGACAGCGAUCUGAAAGAAUCUGAACAUCCAACAUCAUUGCAUGCGUCUCUUAAGUACAAACACUUAUUAAAACAAUUUUCAAAUAAGGGCCAGAACGAAUCUAGUUUGUCAAAGGAGAAUAAUUCGGACGACAGUAUAGAAUCUUUUAAUAUUUACAUCGAUAAUACAACAAUGCAAUACUUGAACGAGAUAGAACAGAACGUUUCUGGUCUGGCUUCACAUGAAAAGAGUAUCCAGAAAAAUACUGAUCGUAAAGUUACAGUAGAUGUUUUUGAUUUCAAUAGACAGAACGAUCUGCAUAGAAAGAAGACUGGCAGAAUGGAGGGGGGUAAAAUUUUCGUGUUCCAAUCCUCGUCGGAGUACGAUGAGUAUCAUGAAAAUGUUGAUGGGAUAUUAAGGAAUGAGACAAGUGUAUAG